CUUUCAAUCAUCCUCAAACCCCUACUAACAGGAUUCUCCAACUACAGCAACCCCUUCGAGACCCAAGGCACAAAGAACAUUGGCGAACGUUGGUCAGCAGGAGGCGGCUCAGACGUCCACACUCCCGGCGCUGCCACUCCCCGUGGUGACAGCAAGAACACACAAGAGAACCAGUCCAAUCCCUCAGGUAUCCGCAGCGAACACUUCCAGGAGCACCAGAUCUCCCAGCGUCCCGGCGAGCCUGGCCCAUUCGAUAAGGCUUGGAACAAGUCCCACUACGGUACCGAGAAGGGCAAAUAG